AUGGAUAUUAAUGGAACUUCAAGUUACAACGAGACUUUACGUCUUGCGGAGCGACAACCGUUCUUCAACGCCGCCCAGCUGAAUCGCAUUGCGGCUGCAUCCAUCGGUCGUCCGGAGCAGGAUGUAUCCUGUAUUCGAAAGCUAGCUGAGGGAGGAUUCAACCGUGUCUUUGAAAUUACUAUGCGAGACAGUACUCGAGUUGUCGCACGGCUUCUGUAUCCGUCGACCGACCCCAGAAUUUAUGCGACAGCGAGUGAGGCGGCAACAAUGGAGUUUUUGAGAUUACAUGGCGUUCCAGUACCGCGUAUCCUCGCCUAUUCCGCUACCGAUCAGAACCCUGUUGCUUCCGAAUACAUCAUCAUGGAGAAAGCUCCAGGAAACGAACUUGGGGAGCUUUGGUAUACCAUGACAGAAAGACAGCGACUGAAGAUGAUAUUCGAAAUCGUGAAGAUCGAGGCACUGCUGUUUUCCAUACAACUGCCUGGAUUUGAGAGCAUUUACUACGAGCACGAUCUUCCUCCUUGCAUGCGAAGAAUAGGGGUACCACAAGCUGGAGGGAAUGGAAGGUUCUGUGUUGGGCCGGAUGCACAUUACAUGUGGUGGCAGAAAGGGCGAUCUUCCCUAUCCAUAGAAAGGGGACCACAAUCUGUUGCGAAGCGGGAAUUGGAAUGGCUCUCCCAUUUCGGUCGGGCUCGGUUUCCCUUUGAGCGACUAUACAGAGAGCUAUAUGCGUACCAAAAGGUCCAUCCUGAUAGCCACGUUAGAAAUCUCCGGGAUUAUUUACAAAUUGCUCGCCAUCUGUCUCCAGAGAAAAAGAGCUUCCUCAAUCGGCCGAUGCUCCGCUACCCUGAUCUACAACCCAACAACAUACUGGUUUCAGAUUCAUUUGAAGUGGUCCCCUUAAUAGAUUGGCAACAUUGCUCCAUUCUUCCCCUUUUACUUCAAGCCGGGCCCCCGAACUACUUUCAGAACUACGGCGACGCGGUAUCCGAGAACCUCAUCAAGCCCCGGCUUCCUUCGGACUUUGAUCGACUCGGGAAAAACGAACAAGAAGCCGCAAGGAUGAUUUUCCAACGACGCCAACUCCAUUAUUACUAUUUUGCCGCCACGUCCAGAUUCAACGAUGACCAUUUCAGCGCAUAUAUAGAGGACGAAGUAGUCCCGAAGCAACAACUAUUUCAACAUGCGGGCGAUCCUUGGGAGGGAGACAGUGUCACGUUAAGAGCUGAUCUUAUUCGUGCCACUCAAACCUGGCAAAUGCUGUGUGGCUCGACAGAUGUCGUAUGUCCACUUCACUAUUUCCCUGAAGAGAUUGAUGGGUGCCUACGGCUUGAGGAGGAGCAGCGAUCUGCAGAUGACGACAUGGAGAAAUCUCGAAAUUGUCUCGGGGUCUCGAGUGAUGGCUGGGUCCCUACAGAGAGGUACAGUGAGGCUAAGAGGAUGAGCGAGAAAUUCAGAGAAGAUGCAAUUCUACUGGCAGACUCCAAGGAAGUCGCGGCACAAAUACAGCGUCAUUGGCCAUUUGACGAUUACGACGAGGAUGAGUGA